UCACUUGAAUUAUUAAUAUAAUUUCUAACGAAAAAGAACAAUGUCUUCGUACUCAUACCUCUUCAAGUACAUUAUCAUUGGAGAUACAGGAGUUGGCAAAUCCUGCUUGCUCCUGCAGUUUACUGACAAAAGGUUCAGGACCCAGCACGACCUCACUAUUGGAGUGGAGUUCGGAGCCAGAGCUAUCGAUAUCAACAAUGAAACCAUUAAGUUGCAAAUAUGGGACACUGCAGGCCAGGAGUCUUUCAAAAGUAUCACCAGGUCAUACUAUAGAGGCGCCGCAGGCGCACUCUUAGUAUAUGACAUUACCCGGAGAGAAACUUUUAAUCAUAUAUCAACCUGGCUGGACGAGGUCAGACAAAAUGGAAAUUCUGACAUGGUCAUUAUCAUGAUCGGCAAUAAGUCAGACUUAGAGUCCAAGAGACAGGUCUCUUUUGAGGAAGGCAAAUCGUUUGCAAAGGAAAAUAAUUUAAUUUUCAUGGAAACUUCAGCAAAAACAUCUUCUAAUGUAGAGGAUGCUUUUCUGGAAACAUCUAAAUACAUCUAUGACAAUAUUACAAAUGGUAUUUAUGACUUAUCGAAUGAGAAAUCUGGCAUCAGAGUCGGCAGCAAGGCUGGAAUUGCAGGAGAGAUUAGUAAACCCAAGGACAAAAAACUCAAGAAAACCGGUGAUAAAGAUGAGAAGAAGGAUGGAGGCUGAUGUUAAGCUGAUACAAAGCUAUAGUAAUUAUUAACAACAACAAGCAGA